CCGCAAAAACAAACCCCUUCACUCUUUCUCUUUUCCCUCUUCCAUGGCUUACUCUCUCUUUUUCUCUCUCCUCCUCUUCUUUUUCAUUCCCCUUUCCUCCGCCGCAUAUUCCAUCGGCGUCAACUACGGCACCGUUGCCAACAACCUUCCUCCCCCUUCCCAGGUCGCUGCCUUCCUCAAAUCCCACACCUCCAUCGACCGCGUCAAGAUCUUUGACGCCAACCCCGAUAUCCUCCGUGCCUUCGCCGACACCGGCAUCGCACUCACCGUCUCCGUCGCUAACGGUGACAUUCCCGCCCUCGCCAAGCUCCCCGCCGCCCAGUCUUGGGUUGCCAACAAUAUUCUCCCCUUUCACCCAACCACUCUGAUCAACCACAUCGCGGUCGGGAAUGAGAUCCUCGCUACCUCUGACAAGAAUCUUAUAGCACAUUUGCUCCCUGCUAUGAAGGCUAUUCAUUCUGCUCUCAAGCUCGCGCAUAUCUCUGAUGUUAAGGUCUCGACCCCUCAUUCGUUGGGCAUUUUGUCCGCCUCGGAGCCUCCGAGUACCGGGCGGUUCCGGCGUGGGUACGACCGGGCCAUUUUUGCUCCAAUCCUCGACUUUCACAAUCAAACAAAGACGCCGUUCAUGGUGAAUCCAUACCCGUUUUUUGGUUUCAGACCGGCGACGUUGGACUACGCAUUGUUCAAGCCCAACCCCGGGGUUUUCGACAACGCAACCGGUAAGCAUUAUACGAACAUGUUCGACGCACAGUUAGACGCGGUUUACUCAGCGAUGAAGAAGGUGGGUUACGGAGAUGUUGACAUCGUAGUAGCAGAGACCGGAUGGCCCUCCGCCGGUGAUCCAAAUCAAGCGGGCGUAAGCAUGGAGAACGCCAUUUCGUACAACCGGAACCUCGUGAAACAUGUAAACUCCGGAAAGGGGACGCCAUUGAUGCCAAACAGAACCUUCGAAACUUACAUCUUCUCUCUAUUCAACGAGAAUCUCAAACCAUCCACUUCCGAGAGAAACUACGGCCUGUUCCAACCCGAUUUCACUCCGGUUUACGACGUGGGCAUCCUCCAAAAUCCACCGGCAAUGGGGCCCACAUCGCCAGUGGGAGGACCGAAGCCGUCGGAUGAGGAGAGAGAAUGGUGCGUGCCCAAAACGGACGCAUCAGAUGAAGCGUUGCAGAAGAAUAUUGAUUACGUGUGUAGUAGUGGAGUUGACUGUGGGCCCAUACAAGAAGGUGGGGCCUGUUACGAUCCAAAUACAGUGCGGUCACAUGCAUCGUACGCUAUGAACGCUUAUUUUCAAACCGCUGGUCGCCAUGAAUUUAACUGCGAUUUUAACCACACCGCCAUCCUCACUUCCACCGACCCCAGCUAUGAGGCGUGCAGUUACCCGUUCGAUGAAGAAAAGUUAACCGAGAAAUCGGUGGCGUCUGGGGCGACGAUUAGGUGUAGGAUGGUGGGGGCAGUGGCGCUGGCGCGAGCAUGUAUUGCGGUUGUUGCCGGCGGUGUUUUAUUAAUUUAAAUACAAAAGUGGGAUUUGGGCUUUUAAGAAAAGAAAGGACCGUUGGGGUUAGUGCUUUUUGGAGUUCAUAAGAAUCACAUAUAAUAUUUAAUUUAAUGCCCAUUUAUCUUGUAUUUAUUGUAAUAUCGGCUAGAAAGUAGAAAGCAUUUUUUGAUCUAUCAACUUACCUAAUUCCUUAAUUGAACGUUGAUGAGUAA